UGCCUCACCGCCCCCCCUCCGAAUCACAUCUCUCAGCCCCCGUCACCUUAUUACCGCCCCGCACACACACUCUCCGCCUCCCCGCCCACACACUCCUCCGCCCCCCACACAACUCUCGUGGAGGCGCGCCCCACACACACUCAUCUCGCCCCCCCCACACAACUCUCAGCGCCCCCCUCACAAUCUCCGCCCCCCCCCACAUACUGCCUCAGCCCUCCCCACCAGCACCUCUCAGGCCCGCCCACCGACACUCUCAGCCCCCCGACACAGCUCUCAGCCCCACAUACUCUCCAGCCCCCCCCGAACACACUCUCAGCGCCCCCCAACAUACUCUCAGCCCCCCACAACCACAACACUCUCAAGCCCCCCACAGAUCUCAGCCUCCCCCCCUCCACCCACACACACACUCUCAGCCCCCCCACAGACUCUCUGCCUCCCCCCACACACCUUACACCCCCCCCCCACACACCUCUCAGCCACCCCACAGACUCUCAGCCGCCCCCCCCCCACACACAGCACAACUCUCGCCCCCCAACGAACUCUCUGCCCCCCCCACACACACCUACACCCCACCCCCCACAGACUCUUCAGGCCGCCCCCCCCCCACACUCUCAAGCCCCCCCCACACUCUCAGCCCCCCACACACACCUCCCGCCCCCCACACCACUCUCUGCCCCCCUCAGCACACCUCUCAGCCCCGUCCCACAACUCUCGCCCCCCCUCACACACUCUCAGCCGCCCACAAACACACUCUCAGCCCCCGCCUCACACACUCUCAGCCCCCUACACACUCGUCCUAGCCCCUCACGACACUCUCAGCCCCCCUCACACACACUUCCUCAGCCCCCCCACACACUCUCAGCCCCCCCUACACACACUCCUCAGCCCCCUACACACUCUCAGCCCCCCCUCACACGAGAACGCGCCGCACUUCGCCCCCCCUCCCCCAACACAAAUCUCAAGCGCCCCCUACAUACUCCAGCCCCCCCCACAGCACUCUCUUCCCCCCCCCACACACUCUUCAGCCCCUCCCCACACACUCUUCUGCCCCCAACCACACUCUCAGGCCCCCCCACCUUACAAUCUCCGCCGACCCCCCCCCUCACACACUCUCCAGCCCCCACCGCGUCGACACACUCUCAGCCCCCCUACAACACUGCUCAGCCCGCCAGCACACACUCUCUGCCCCCCAACCAGCACUCUCAGCUCCAGCCACAACCACUUUUUCCUGCCCCCCCCAACACACUCUCAGACCCCCCCACACACUCUCAGCCCCCCACACACUCUCGAGCCCCCGCUCACACACUCUCAGCCCCCACACACAUCUCUGGCCGCCCCCUCACACACUCCUCAGCCCCGCCCUACACACUCUCAGCCCCCCUCACCACACUCUCAGCCCCCCUCAACACACUCUCAACCCCCCCCAGGCUCACACACUCUCAGCCCCCCCAGCACCACUCUCAAGCCCCCACACACACUCUCUGCCCCCCCAACAAACUCCUCAGCUCCCCACAGCACUCUCAGACCCCCCCACACACUCUCGAGCCCCACCCCAACAACUCUCAGCCCCCCCACACACUCAUCGCCCCCACACACAUCUCAGCCCCCCCCCGCAACAACACUCUCAGCCCCCCCCACACACUCUCAGCCCCCCCCUCACACAACUCUCAGCCCCCCACCACUGCUCAGCCCCCACACACUCUCUGCCCCCCCCCGCCUAGCGGCCACACUCUCAGCCCGCGCCUCACACUCUCAGCCCCCCCAAGCUCUCCCAUCAUAAACUGCUGGAAGCAACCGGGUUAUGCAUGA